CGGUCAGCACAGAUCACACCCAACGUCCCUCAGUGUAGCAUCAACACUACAAACAACUGAGCCAAAAUGAAAUUCUUCAUCGUCGCCUCAUUCUGCGUGGCAGUUGCUCUCAGCCAGAAUGUGAUUCAGCCAAAACCAAACGUUCGAAAUCUGCCUGCUGAAGUCCGCAAAGAGGCUCCAGGUCAAUGCUACGGAUUCACUGCCAAAAAGGCCUUCGCCGUUGGUCAGUCUUGGCCCCUGGCUCCCUUCUGUGGAAGAGCCACCUGCAUUCAACAUGAAGGCAAACUCUUCGAAAAGGUGGAAGACUGUGGCUUUGAGCCCAAGCCAUCUCCCGGCUGCAGAGUCAAGAACGAAGCCGACCAAGCUAAGCCAUACCCAGUUUGCUGCCCUGUGUACGAGUGCCAGCCAGGUGCCAUCCUCCAGUACCCAACACCAGAAGAACUGAAGGCUGCUGCAGAACAGGCUGCCAAGGCUGCACAAGGUUAAUUAGUCACUUUGAGACGUUUUAGUCUAUAAGUGAAAUGAAAAUCUCAGGAGACAUAAUGACAGAACAUAUUCUUUAAAUGUAUUCUCUCAUCCCUGUGUCAACGACUGUUUUAACGAUCAAGUUUAGAAAUAAGAAUGAAUUCUGCAAAUGGACGAGCAGGGAAAAAUAAUCUUACCCGGAGGAAAAUGAAUUUUAGAUCUCAAUAUAUAUAUAAUAUAUUUUUAUACUUAUUUUCAAAAUAUACUGAAAUAUUACUGA